AAACUGGCAAAAAGAUUCAAACAUCUUAAUAAAGUUAACUGGAGCCAGGAAAGAGUGGCAAAGGUUGCAGAUGUCCUCAAUAAGGGUCACCAGAAUUCGCUGCCUGGACUAUCAAAGAGAGUCAUGAUACCAAGAGAGCAAGGGGAACCAUCGAGUACGCAAAACCAGCCAACUCCGCACAACUGUCCAGAUUGGGCACAUGUGGUUGAAAAUGGACAAGCGCAAGUCGCAGAUGUUGACACAAAACCGCCACAAGAAGGAACCGCGGUUAAUGAUGCAACUACAGAUCUAAACGUGUCCGAAAACUUUAUUACUAAUGAACUUUAUUUAUGCACACACUUUAUUAAUCUUUAA